CCCUGUCUGUGUCUGGCAGCAGCGCAGCAGCGUUGAAAGCAGUGGGAAACAGAAACACUAUGGCUGCCACUCUGUCGCUCACUCAGCUCUCCAGUGGAAAUCCCAUUUAUGACAAAUACUAUCGGCAGGUUGAUCCGACUGGCAGUGGGCGGGUGGCGGCAGCUGAUGCAGCUCUGUUCCUGAAGAGGUCUGGCUUGGCUGACUUGGUCCUGGGGAAGGUCUGGGAUUUGGCAGACUCUGAACGUAAAGGUGCUCUUAACAAGCAGCAAUUCUUCAUAGCGCUGCGGUUGGUGGCCUGUGCUCAAAAUGGCCUGGAGGUGGCGCUCAGGAGCCUUAUUGUGGCUGUUCCUCCGCCGAAAUUUCAUGACACAAGCAGCCCGCAGUUAGCAGGAGGAGUGGCUGUUGACACUUCCUGGGUUGUGAAGCCUGAGGAGAAGUUGAAGUUUGACGGCAUCUUUGACAGUCUGGGUCCUGUAGGAGGGAUUCUAACAGGAGACAAGGUCAAGCCUGUCCUGCUCAACUCCAAACUGCCAGUGGACAUCCUCGGCAGGGUGUGGGAGCUCAGUGAUAUCGACAGAGAUGGCAUGUUGGACAGAGAUGAAUUUUCUGUGGCCAUGUAUCUGGUGUACAGAGCCCUGGAGGGGGCGGCUGUUCCCAUGUCCCUACCACCUCCCCUGGUUCCACCCUCCAAGAGGAAAAAACCCUCGGUGCCUCCCGUGAUGCCCCUGUUACCCUCGCCCCCCUCCGUCAAAGACAGUCGCUCCUCCCACGCUGGCUCUAAGGCCGUGCCCCACCCCUCUAAACCUGCCCCCGCUCCUGUCCCGGCGCCAGCAGCUUCCCCCGUGAGUACGUGGGUGGUGUCGCCAGCAGACAAAGCAAAGUAUGAUGAGCUAUUCGUCAAGACUGAUGGGGACAUGGACGGCCUCGUGUCUGGACCUGAAGUCAGGGAAAUCUUCCUGAAAACCGGGCUGCCCUCUGCCUCACUGGCACGUAUCUGGGAGCUUUGUGACAUCGGAGACAUCGGGAAACUGACCCGAGAGCAGUUUGCCCUGGCGCUUCAUCUAAUCAAUCAGAGGCUGACUAAAGGCCAGGAACCGCCGCAGAGUCUCUCCCCAGAGAUGAUCCCUCCGUCUGACAGACAAAACAUCACACAGAUCAACCUGGCUAACCUGUCGGCUGACUUCUCUGCCAUCAAGGAGCUGGACUCUCUCAGCAACGAGAUAGUCGAACUACAAAAGGAGAAGAGCACUGUGGAAGAGGAGAUCAAGGAGAAGGAGGAGGCCAUCAGACAGCGCAGCGACGAAGUGCAGGACUUACAGGUGGGGGUGGCGAGGGAGAGCGAGGAGCUGCAGCGGCUCCAGGCUCAGCGCCAGAAGGUCCAGGACGCCUUGGACGAGCUGGACCAACAGAAAGGCUCCCUGGAGGAGCAGCUGACUUUUAUUCGCCAGCAGACCAACCAAGAAACCCAUCUGAUUUCAUCGCUGCAGUCGGAGCACGAGGACCAGGAACAGAAGAUAUGUCAGUUUGAGGAGGAGCUGGUCCAGGCCCGAGAGGAGCUCCUCGCUCUGCAGGAGGAGAGCAGGAAGCUGCAGGAGAAGGUCCAGGCGGCUCAGGAGCAGCUCACACCUCUGCAGGAGUCUGUCCGCGACUCCUUUACACAAGUUGCACAGGUUCAGCAGAAACUGAACAACCUUCAGGUGGAGGAGAGGUCAGUAACUGCCCAGCUUAGCUGGAAAAGAGCCCUGGAGGACAGCUCCCCUGUCAUGGUCAACGGAUCAACCGGCUUCACUGCAGAGCUGCGCCAGGGGGAUCCCUUCCAGCAGGACCUCUUCCGGGAGGACCAGCCUAAAGAGCUGAAGGAGGAAGAUCCAUCAGCUGCCAAUCAGCAGAAAGAACAGUCGGAUCAGAAAGAGAAAAAAGAAGUGAAAGAGAGAGAAGAAGAAGAGAAGGAGGCAGAGAGUCCAAAGACUCCAGACGAGGAAACGUUUAAAUAUGAUCCCUUGGAUGAUCUCUAUACUAGUCUAGCCUCCUCUGAGAUGUACAAUAACCGAUCGACCCUCGCCAAGCCACAGGAGAACACGGCGAGGGAACACAGUAGCCCUACACCCGAUGACUCCCCGGAGCUCAUGAAUGAUGCAGAGGAACUGCCCAAAGAGAGCUCACUAAAGGUUGCGUCGCCAGAGCCAGAGAGCGAACAGGAGCCAGCAGAGUCCCCGGAAACCUCCACCAACUCGUUACCGCCUCAAGUCGGCCCUCGCUCUAUGCCGCCUCAGACCAGCCCGCCCUCUCUGCCCGAGAUGGACUUCUUCCAUUCGGACCCCUUUACUGACCACGAUCCAUUCAACGAUGAUCCAUUUGGAAAAGCAGAUGUUGCAGAUCCAUUUGGUGGAGAUCCGUUCAAAGGGUCCGACCCCUUUGCUGCAGACUCUUUCUUCCAGGCCCCCAGCGCCCCCUUUGCCUCCGACGACCCAUUCACUGCCAGCUCAGCGGAUCUGUUUGCUACCACUGCCGGUGUCCCAGAACCAGACCUGUUUGCAGCCAAGCCGAGUGACGUAGCAGCUGGACCGGCAGCGGGUCCAGAUCCCUUCACCUCCAAACCUACUGAUCCAACUGUAGCAGCCAAGGAUCCAUUCAGCACCACGGGGAACAAUAUGGCCAACGCCGACCCGUUUGGUGGCAAAAUGAAUGCCCCCGGGGAGGCGGAUCCAUUUGGUGCUCAGGACGGAGGGGCCGAUCCCUUCAGCGGCUCUCUACCCUCCUCUGAUCUAGCCGUGAAGGACGCUGCAGCAUCCAACGACCCGUUUGCUCCAGGUGGUACGACAGUAAACGCCAGCUCAGAUCCAGAUCCGUUUGCGGCGGUGUUCGGGAGUGAAUCGUUUGGAGGAGGCUUCACAGAUUUCAGUGCUUUGACAAAGUCAAACGGUGCAGCCCAGUUUGGCAUCAACAAUAAGAACCUGUUCCAGGAAGACGGCCAGUCUGCCGGCCCUGAUGUGCCCCCAGCCCUUCCCCCAAAAACGGGUACGCCAACCAGACCACCUCCUCCCCCUCCAGGUAAAAGAUCGACCAUCUCCAGGACAGAGUCGUCCGACUCCUUCCAGCGACGAGGGCCCUUCCUCCAACAGCCUUCGGGAGAGCUCCCCUCCUCUUCCCUGCCUGCUAAGGAUCCUUUAGCCGACCCCUUCGCCCCUUCCUCCCCUCCUCGUCACAACGCACGGGAAGCUGACCGAUUUGCCAGCUUUGACAAACAGUAUCCGACAGAGGAAGACAUGAUAGAGUGGGCAAAGCGCGAGAGCGAGCGAGAGGAAAAGGAGCGACUUGCCAGGCUCACCCAGCAGGAACAAGAGGACCUGGAGCUGGCCAUCGCACUCAGCAAGUCUGAACUCUCCUGAGGACCUUGUCUCACCCCUCCCCCUCCCCUUCCCUUCCCCCUCCCCUCGUCCACUGACCUGGCUCGGCACAGCACAGCCUGGCCCAGCCCAGAAAGCACCAAAGCAAAGUGGGGACUGUACAGGACUGAUUCAGCAGCACCUGCUGACCCCAUGAAGAGACUUUCUUAGAACAAACUCAUCUCUGAAUCUUCUUCCUUCUCCCCAGACUGUGUUCACCGUUCACUGGCAAUGCAGUAUUCAUUUUAUUUUUGUUUGUUUCCAUCCCGUUGGUCUUGUUUUGGAGGAGAGGACCAGGAUGGAGUGUAUGUUCUGAAGAAUGGAUUGUUGAAAAAUGAAAUGCAGUGAAUGUGGAUCUAGAGAUUGCUCCGUUGAUUCCAACAUCGUGCUACAAAUGUCGCAUUAACUCUCCAGAAUGUAAUUUAUUUAAUGCACUCAAAACUUGAUUGAAAUGGCCAUGUCAAAAAGUCCUGUCUUCAUCCACCAACAGUACUCGCUACACUUUCUUAAAACUCGGCUCACUCUAGCUUCUGAAGUUAUUUUGAGAAUUUCACAGGAUGUCUUUAAUUAGAAACAGUCUUGCUCAUUUUGUUGAGCCCAAAAAAUCCCCCUAAUUUUUUUUUUAACUGAGUAUUUUGAAGACGGUAGGGUGAGGAGAAAAAAACGUGUUUUUUGAGGCACUAACAAUAUUAAAGUGCAAGUCGGUCUUUUUUGAAUGGAGUGACCAUGUACUUAUAUAGUUAUAUAGUAUGAUAGCAGAAGGCCGAUGAGAUUUUCCUUCAAGAAAUACUUGUUCAGGACAAGGUUUCAACAUUUCUACUUGUUCAACUGGAAGUAACCAGUCCUCUGAUAUGUGAAACGCAUGUGUAGAUUUAUACAAAAACUUAACAAAUCCAUCACAUGCUAUACCACGUUCAGCUUCUUGAUACUUUAAUUUCUUUUACGUUUCUGUAAUGCGUUGCUCUGCGCAGCAUCUCUCUGUCAAUUAAUUUUUUUUGGGAGAUACUGAAAGGAAUGAAACUACAACUAUUUCAUGAUUUCAUAUUAAUUAGCAUUAAAAAUUCAGGGCACACUACAAGGGAUUGCACAAAACGAUAACGCGACUGAUUUGUUUUUGAGAGAGUCCAACACCAAAUACUUAGUAUCUUUUAAUUAGUAUGAAUCUUUGUAUUAAUGUCUUUAUUAUUGACACUAACAGACACACUUUAAAAAUAGAAACUGGGUUGUCAUGAAGCAGAUGUCAGCCCACUUUACCUGCUCUGUAGUCGUACAUUAAAUGAAUAGUGUUAAUAGUGUUGUUCAUCCUCACUGAUCAAGCAGUCUCCCUAAAGCAGACACUUCUAAUGAGACGUGUGUUGAAAAAGAUCAACUUCCACCAGUCGUUCACAAAUUUCACACCAGGUCCCAUUUUGAAGUGAGCCACUGUUGGUGCGUCUUUUGUUGUCGUUUGUUUGACCUUUUUAAUAUUUCCAGAUGCUUCCUCUCUGAGAGACUAACUGGAUUACACGUCAGUCAGUAGAAGUUGAUUAGCAUCCCUGCGUUUUGGUGAAGCCGUUUGUCUUCCACAGCAACACACCAGUAAACACCCACAGAGCAGUUGAUCGGCCAGGGAUUCUGGGUAAUGUUGUGUUUUCUCCCAGAAAAUGAGUUUCUUAACACUGAGUGCUAAACUGUGAUAGUUUCCUAAAAAGUGAAGGCUCGGUUGUACAGCAGGAGGCUUUCGUUUUCAUUUCUGACCAAACUUCUUCCUGCUCCGACUUAUUUUGUCUCCUUUUUUGUCUGUGAAAAAUGAGCGUUGUCAUCGUUUCCUCUUCUCAUGUCUAACUAGUAAACACCCACAGAGCAGUGGGUGUCUGUGGUUGAAGCUGCACUUCCUACUUACAGUUCACGUUUAUUAUAAAUUCAAUACAGCAGUCGUCUGUCUGUCAUACAGUUUAAUUCCACUGACACGUUACUGUCAUUUGUACAGACUCAAGAACCACUUAUGUUUUUCUCGGCUUACCCAUAAAGGCUUUUUAAAACGCAAAGCUAAUUGUAUUUUUAUUUUGUAUUUUCUAACACGUAGAGAGAGAAAAAUCAUUGUUUGGCCAGAAUAUGUAAUGCAUUUAAUUGAAACAGAAUAAAUAUUAAACAUGUG